CUUCGUACUUAGAAAACUCUGUAAGUUUGAAAAUAUAAAAAUCAAUUCAUUUUUUCCUUAUGACAUAAUACCUGUUAACUACAUAUUGUAAUAUUCUUAAUGAUUUUUUUUAGAGUGUCAUUAUAUUUAUUUGUAGACUGGGUCAAAAUUGUUAUGUAGCAGUGGUCAGUAGAACAAAGGACUUGCAAUUCAUGUUUUGUCCGACGGAAAGAAAAGAUCAUGAAGAAAGUAGUAUUAUUUAAAAGUGUGUCAGAGGAUUAUAAGAAAGUGUUUAGUGAUAAUAAUUAUGAGGCGAUUUUCGUGGAACCACUGCAAUUUGAGUUCAUGAAUUUACAGGAACUUGGUGAAAAAUUACUGAGUAAUGAUUAUAACGGUAUUAUUCUCACAAGCCCUAGAGCUAUUGAGGCCGUUUCUAAAUGUUGGUCCCCUUCGAAAUUCGUUAUUUGGAAUACCAAAAAGAUAUAUACUGUAGGUGAGGCUAGCAAUCAAAAGGUUAAGCUAUUACUUGGCUUAGAGGCCUUGGGCAGUCAAACUGGGAAUGCUGAAACACUAGCAACACUCAUAGCAAGUGAAAACAGUGCAAAAUCAAACUUUUUAUUUCCUUGUGGCAAUUUAAGAUCAGAAAUUUUACCAAACAUAUUACAAUCCAAGGACAUAACAGUUGAUGCACUAACUGUGUACGAAACUAAAGAAAAUGAAAAUUUAAGGACAAAUUUAAUGGAACUCAAUAAUACAGUGAAUCCUUGUUGUAUGGUGUUCUUCAGUCCAUCUGGUUGUGAAUAUAUUUACCGUCAGCUGCAGACGUUUAAUAAUAACCUAUCGAUUUUACCUCACUUUGCUAUAGGCAACUCUACUGCACACAAAAUUGAAAAUCUGGGAGUUGAAAUAGCCGGUGUGGCCGCCAAACCUAAACCAGAAAGCAUGAUUGAGUCUGUCCAACAGUAUUUCGAAACCACCGAGUCAUGUAGCUAGCCAUGUCAGACACUAAUUGUACAUGUUAUGGUGUUGGUUAUUUGUAUAUAAAUAUUGAACAUAUGUUAUAUAAUACUCGAAUAUAGUACAAGAGUUUUAAAAUUUUAUUUAGGCAUUUUAUAUUGUUAUUAUUUUGUACAAACAAAUUAUUGUAAAAUAAAAUAAAACUAUGAGUAAAUAAUUGUUGAACUCCUUAAACUUCCAACUCAUUGGCUGGUGGAUUAUCACAGUUGGUAGUGCUUAUUCCAGUUUCAGCGUCCCAUUUCUUAGAAACUGACAUGUAUGUCAUCACUACACUACCAAUCACUAAGACUGAGUUUAUCAAUGCAAGAGGCUGAAAUAAAAAAAAAAUUAAACUUUUUUAUUGGAAAUUUAAUUUUGUUUUGUAAAGUUUUAAAUAUAAUAAUAUUUUAUCUUUUUUCUUUCAAUAUUCUUAUCGUCUACGUUUGGACAAUCCAUAUAUUUUUAAACAUUACAUCAUUUUUAAAUUUGGUUUGUUUUUUAACAUUGAGUAAAGCGAAAGGCGCCUGGGUUCAUUUUAACUGUCUAGAUGUCA